AAUUCUAACGUUUGUGUGGAAAAUGGGAAAAAGUGAAGUCGAAAAAGCACCUAGUGCACCCAAAAACAAGAGAGAAAAAAUAUAUUCCCCUACUAAGGUACUGUAGUAGAAAUACUUUCAAUGCAGUUUAAUGUCAUGUCCCAAAUGAAAACAUUUGCCAAUUUUACAUCUCAAGACUUAGAUUUCUGCCUUGCCUUUUUCUAAGCUGCAUAAAAUGUUCCAUUAUGCACGCCUGUUGCUUUUUGAAAUAUCUCAAAGCUAAAAUAUUGCUCGCAAAAGCCAAACACCACUGUUCAAGUGAUAAUCUCUUGCCUUGCCUUGAUCUACGUACAAAAUAGUACUGAAAAACCUUUUUUCAGGUGAUAAUCCGUCGUCUCCCUCCAUCGUUUACCGAAGAGCAAUUGAAAGAAGAACUUGGAGAGUUUCCUGAACAUGACUUUUUCUAUUUUGUUGGCAGUAGCAUGAGGUAAGCUGAUCUUAAUUUGGUUAAUACGAUACUGGUAGGGGAUUCAGUGCAUAAAUUGUAUCUCGGCUUCCACAAUAUUAAGUCGCUUGUAGCAUUCCUACUUCUCCUAGGUGGAAUUCAGUUGUAAUCCGGCUUAUCCCAACCUAGCAAUUUAUAAAGUGAGCUUCUUCAGAAAUGCUCCUGCUAACAAACUUUCCCCUCCAACCUUAUGCCCCCAAGCCAGAGCUUAAAUUUUUUGACAAUCCCCCUCUUAAUAUUUUAUUUCCUUCUCUCCCCUUUUCCUAUGGAAAAAAUAUCUUAUUUACGAUAGGGGACAACAUCUUUUCUGUUUUGUGUCAAUUUUAAUAAUUGUUUUCUUUACUUUCUGUUUACAGCUUUGGUCCUGUUUCUUUUUCAAGAGCAUACAUCAACUUUAAAAAUAGGGAUGAUAUAAUCAAGUUUAGAGAUCAAUUUGAUGGGUACUGCUUUGUGGACAGCAGAGGUAUGCUUAGGAAUAGUAUCUUGGUGGUUUUUUUAAAUUGUUAUUCUGACUGGUAUUGAUAAAUAACUGAAUAAGCAGCCAGUCAACAUCCUUUAACCUAUCAUACUGUUUCAGUGUGUCAAGCUCUCUGUUACACUAGCCUGUUCAAAAAAAACCUUGUGAUUGUUCUGUAAGUCUUUCUCUUAGUCUUUCUGUUGUUAUUUCUUUCUUCUGUGGAUCAGUCUUUUACCUAUCUUUUUUCCCAUGUGUUUCUGAGACUGUGGCUUAGUUAGUCACACUUUCAAUCACUUCAUCAGGCAGUCAUUCAAGUUCCACAAACAAUCCAUCAUGCACUCAUGAGUUUCUCUGUCAGUGAGAUAAGUCACUCAGGCUGCCUGUCAUGCAUUCCUAAACUAAAAGAAAUUUAGGUGAAAACAUUUUUUUUUUGUUUUUUUAGUUCUUGAUGCUCAUGCUCAAAUCCCUAUUUUUGAACAGUUGUUCCAAUAGUCAUUAAGUAUCAAGUGGCUUUUUUUCUAUUGAUGCCACUAGUCUUUUUCUUUAACAUCAGGUGUAGAAUAUCCUGCUGUUGUGGAAUAUGCUCCUUACCAAGCUGUACCUAAAAAGAAAGUCAAAAAAGAUCCAAAGAUUGGAACUAUUUUGGAAGGUGUGCACAAGAUUUUUUUCCUUUCCCUUUCGGGAUACUAGGCAUGUAUUACUGAUCUCUUCACAAAGUACAGUGCAAGCUGGUGGGAAAGUCAUUAUCAAUUUUGCUUGCUAAGAAGGUCAGGAUAUCUAUUUGUCAAUGUCUCUGAAUUAUCCUGCAAGUGAGAUAGCCACAGACAAUCUCAAAUGCUACACCCUCUACACCCUGACAUCAGUAUGCAUAUUCUCCCUACUUUUUUCCACACAAUUCUGAAGGUGCUGGCAAAGAGAAUUUGUUUAACAAUUGGGAGCUUGUUAAGUUGGUGAUCAUUCCCUCUGUUCUCAUGAACUUAAUUUUUGAUCCAGGGGUGAUAUUGUCAUGAGAAAUUAGAUACUAGGCAGUCUUUGACUAUGAGAUCAUGUUUUAAUAGACCAGGCCCCUGUUGUUUGAAGGAGAAAUAAUGCUAUCCACUGGAUAAAAGUCUAUGCAGUAGAUAAUGCAGUACAUUUUGCCAUCACUUUUGCACUGGAUAGCAAUUUAUCCGUUGGAUUGCAUAAUCUGCCCUUUAUACAACUUGGCCCAGAAGGAAAUGGCAUUGGGUAAGGCUAGGGCAAGGCUAGGACAAAGGUAACAUCUGAAAAGAAGCUGUGUUUUGGACAUCAGAUGGGUAAAGGAAAGGUUUAGGACCCAAAUUUUGUCAAGAUGGAGCAUCAGAAAAGAGCUAGUAUGGCACAAGAGCAGGCCAAAGUUGGAGUACUUCGGAGGCAUUAUGCAUGGCUAUAAUGCUAAAAUGACAGAUGAUUUUGAUGAUUUUAUUUAAUUUCCUUUCAUUUUUUAUAUCAUCAUCAGAUCCUGACUACAAGGCUUUCCUGGAAUCACUGAACAAAGAUGAGGAGCCUCCCCCAAGUGUUGAGGCUCAUUUGGAGGAGAUUGAAGCUAAGAAAUGUAAUAACAUUGUUUUAUUUGUCAUCGUAAAUGAAGAAUUUAGAGAAUGAAUAAAUUGUAUGUAUGUGAAAUUUUACUUAUUACAAGAUUCAUCAUAUACAUAGACUUUUUAUAGACAUCUUUAAGAAAGAAUUUAGAGAUUUAAUUGUUUGUAUGUAUGUGGGGUUUCACCAAGUACUCAAUUCUUUACAUACUUAUACUUGUCAUCUUGAAAUGGAAAUUUGGGAUUAAUUAAGUUGCAUAAAUGUGGAAUCUCUCUUAUCACUAGCUUCAUCCAGUGCAGCAAAAAAGAGCACUCCACUACUGGAGUACUUGAAGAUGAAGAGAAGUCCUCGUGGAAGGCCUUUGUCAUCUGUAAGUACAAUGAAAUGUGCAAGAAAAUUAAGACAAGCUUGCAUGUUCAUGUAUCCAAGAGCUUGUACACCAGGCUGUACAGUAAAUCCCCACCCCUCUACCCUAAGUGACAAGUUUCUACCUGACAGGCUCCCACUCUCUAAUGCGUCUCCAUCCCUCCCUCUCCUUUCAAACAAAGUCUAUGAAUUAGACUUGGUUAUGUGUCAGUGAAAGAAACACUGGUGCUUGAAGCUUGCAUUCAGUGUUUUCCAGAAGACCCGGCGGCUGGAUUCUUCCCCGGCUACUCGUACCUGAAAUUCUGAAUGUUUGACAGAGAACCCUCCCUACUUCUUUCUACUUUAUAUAUGGUCUAUUUUAAAUCUUAUGAUCUCCUCUGCCUUUUCUUCUGAUCACAGCGGAAUAUUUCUGACAAGAAGAGAAGGCCCGACCGAGAGGAACUACCGAAGGUAACAUUUCAUUGUCGUUGUCUUGUUUUGUCUUGCGUUAGCUAUUGUAUUAGAUGUCAUAUGUUGUUAAGUUUACAUGCUUGUGAGAUACGCUGUAUGACGUGGUUUUCUACAAUGUUUUGCCACGUUUGUCUCCGCUCGCCUUAGAUACUGCGCCUGUCCAGCGGGUGAAAGUAAGUCUAAUUAUCAGUGCAAAUCCUAUUCGGAAAGUAGACAAUUUUCUCUCACGCUGUUGCCCUCCUUCUGCAAUUGCGACGCGCUGUGCAUACAUUAGUAGCACUGGUUAACAGAUUUGUCAUAAAAUUACUGUUGCUUCUCUUCUGUUAACUCGCGUAUUUUAUUAUUUUAACCAGUCGCCGAAGAAAUCGUCGAAUUUGUCUUCCAGCAAAGAUUCUGGUGGUAAAAGUGGCAGCCAUCCGCCAAAGGAGGAAAAGCCUAAAGACGAGUAUGACAAUUAAACUUAAUUUUUAUGAAAAAAGAAAGCAUUACUGAAAUAGUAGCACACGCAGAGAUCGAAUGGUUAGCGCGCGGAACUCUGGGUAGGGAGGUGCAGGUCACUGUGUUCUUGAGAAGAGCAGGAAACUAAAAAUAAAGGAUAAUCAUCAGUAGUAUGGGCUUCUUGGUUAUCCAUUCCGGAGAGUUUUUGAGUAUUUUACCGUUUAUUUAUCCAGCACUUGGCUGGCUUUUCUUGUUAUCCUUAUUAGGUGCGAAUGAAAAUUAAAAAAAAAAAACAGUAGUGUGCAAAGAGUUUUACAUUAGUUUACAAAGUUUUCCGGUGUCAUCUUUUAUUUUAAUGGCUGUUACUUAUCGACAGAAUCCUUAUCCAUGAGAUGAUAUUGUCUCGAGUGAAACUUUUCAAAAUCACGAGUUUGAUUUUUCCAAUGUUUUAUCCAGCAGGAAAGAUGCAAAUGCCAAAGAAGGAACUCGAAAAAAAGAUGAGCAGGAUAGAAAAGGCAGCAAAGACACAAAGGUAAUGACAGUGCUCGUUAAAAGCACAGAGUCUUCAUACUGAAAAUUAUAAAACGAGUAUAAAUUUUGUCUAGGGUGUCCUUGGUUUGACUAGGGGUCUCCAUCGUCUAACUUGUACCAAGUCUUCUGUGAGACAAGCUUCCGUUGAUGGAUUGGAAGGGUAAAAAAGAGGCUUUCCUUUCUAUUCCGCCUCCCAUUCAUCCCCUUCAUAACUCAUCUUUUUCUCUCUCUCGCGCGCGCUUUUCCAGGUACAGUUAAGAGACUUGUUGGCUACAAUGUGCCUAACCGGGUCUUAGAAAGUAAAUGAUUUCAUGGCUGGCAAUCGCCGAAAACCUCCCUCAAAUUGCCUCACCGAUGAAAGGAAGAUGGAGGUCGGGGGGGAGAGGGAAGACGAAGACGGGGACGCGUUAAGCACCGCUAAAACCUGUGAGCGGGCUAUCGUUAGGAGAUAAUACUGAGUGCAUGUUUUUAAAUGUGAGUACUUGACUGCCUGAUAUUUUCAUUACACUAAAGGUUUGCUGUUUUUGUUUUGAAACAGGCAUCAUUGUCUUCCAAAGAGAAGUCUGAUUCAAAAUCUCCUGCGAAAGGAAAAGAGGAAAAGGUUGGUUGCAUCUGAGAUUCUUUUUCUCGUUUAUCUUGUAAAAAAGUUACAUGUCAUAUGUGAAUUCCGUAAUUUUUAUUGAUUUUCUCAGGGUCGACCUGAAUCAGGAAGAUUCGGAAGGAGGUCCGACAGCCGACGCUCCGACGAAAGACGACCAGAAGACAGACGAAAUAGCAAUCGUAGAGACCGAAGAGAUACUGGUGAUAGUUCCGGAAGCGAUCGAGUACGUGACGAUCGCUCCCGAAAAGAAAGCGGGAGUGACGGAAGCGGGCGACGCGAUCGAAGACCAGAGAGUCGACGGGACUCGCGACCAGCUCGAGAACCCGAAGAUAAGCCGAAAGGAAGAGAGCCCUUACCUAAAGCAAGCGAUGCUGAUAAGGGCGGGAAAAGUGGUGGGGAGAAAGAGAAGGAACAGAAAAAAACCACAUCAAAGGCAAAUGAAACGGAGAAAAACAGAAAGGAGGAAGACAGCUCAGUAGCUGGUGAUGCAAAAUCCUCCAGAGAAGAAGAGAAGGGAGCGGCCAAAGACGAGAAAGUGCGAAGCGAAGAGGAGACGAGUAGGCAAAGACGAUUACGAAACAAGGUAAAUAAGCGUCAAGUAGCAGAUUGGCAAUUCGAUUUUCAAUUUUCAGUUUUUUAAAUCACACUAAAGUUUGCUUUGCAUGGCCACACGUUUUCCCGCCCAUAAAUUUUAUUUAGGUCGUCAUCUGCCAUCUUUUUUUUCGUUACCCCGCGCAUGACUCUUCAAUACACACUUUGCAUGAACAACGUUAGUGACUUCUUUGGAGGAGACCAGUGCUAGUACGGUUCCCUGUGAGAUGUCAUUCCAAGUCUGUUAUCUUGGGCUCUGUUAUUCGGCCAAGGUAUAGAAAAUCAAGAUUGAGUUACCACCAGUGAAGAAUCUGUUCCUGACAUGCUGCCACUAAAAAAUCUGAUUAACUCUGUGCAGUAGGAUUCUUGGCCGUCAAAAAAUGUUGUAUUUGUAAUUUUCUUCUUUUUUUUUUAUUUCUGUUCACGAGCGACAAGUUUAUGUCUGUUUUAUCUUAGGAUCGUCCUGAUCGAGCCAUUUAUCAGCCAAGAUCAGCUUCACGAGGAGCAGGCUCUAAAAGUGACGCUCCUAAAGGAACUGAAUCACCAGGUUGGUAAAUAUCAGAAGUUUUUCACCUGCUGCGCUUCUUGUCUACUUCUUAGUCUUUCUUUGGGAUGUCACGCAGUAUAGUCCCCCAACAGAUGUCUUUUUUGAAUAGAGCGCUCUAACGAAAAGUUGCAACAAGAGGAGAUUAGUUUUCCUCAAGAUAGUGUAAAAAAAAAGACGAGUAUUAAAUUUUGGAAUGCAGAAAAGGGAAAAUAGCAUUAGGUAAUUGUGUCCCAGACCUGGAGUAAUGAUGAUCAGACAGAGAAAUGAAUAAUUAUCAAUGAUUAUUUAACACAGUGUUCCUUCAGAAUUCAUCAGGAAACGAGGUAAUUUUUCUUAAAGAAUGAUCUGUGAGCAUUACUUCCCAGACUUGAGUGGUAAAGAUGUGCUUUCGUCAAGCAAAUUUGCACAUUUCAAUGUUUGCGGAUAAGAUAGAAAAGCUUAUUCCUGUAACCAUGGCAUGAAGCGACGACUAGGAGUAUCACUAAUCCACCCUGGAUGGGAUUCUAGUCCAUCGUAAGGUUAACACCACCACACCCCCCCUCCAGAAUUUGAUCAGGCUUUCCUGACAAUCCACCGGUACCCAUAUGUACUCCUGGGUAAAAAGAGGCGCUGAAAGAGAGAAAUGACUCGCAGAACACAACACAUUGAUUCAGCUUUGAUCUCGAACCAGGACUUCUCAAUCCGAUUUUUUUCCUCGACUUUCCAUGUAAUUCAUAACUUUGCCAAAGAAAUGAAAUAUCAAAGAUUUUCGAUUUUUUUCUUUUAGAAAAAGAAAGAGGCAAGGACUCCAGGACCAAGGAGAAGAAUCGUGAAGCAGAACGUGAAAGUAGAAAGAACCGUGAUGAUAAACCGCGCGAUCGAUAUCGUGACGAUCGAAGAGAGCGUGACAGAGACCGUGACAGAGAUCGACGAAGCGAUCGUGAUAGAGAUCGUGAACGUGAUCGUCCGCGAGAAAAGACGCGUGAGCGUGACCAGGACCAAAGUGAAUUCACGAAAGAAGAACGAGACGAGCGGAAAAAAGCUGAAGCCAACGAAAGCGUCUCCGACGAAACUAAGACAACAACUUGUGAAUGAAAAAUCCAUCAAUCCUUGUUUUUAAUCUUGACGCCAAGUGCUUGUAACAAAGACUCCUCCGAAAAAAUGAAUACUUGAUAAUGCCACUUUGAAAUUGCAUGUUUAGACACUCUUUUGCAACCGUUACGUUAGCAGUUAUGUACAUUUAAAAAUAUAAAUCUAAUUAUUGAAGACAUAAAAAAAACAAUUUUUCUUGCUUUUUGUUUAGGAGUUUAGCUUUUAAACAGAGCUAGCGUACAACAGUGACUUACAAUUCCAUGAAACUGGUGAGUUUCUGACCGUAGUAAAACUGUGCGCGCGCUACUUACAGGUGAAAAUUGUAUAUUACAAGGGAAUUACUCUAGUUUGAUUUUACAAUCUACAGCACUACAAUAUUGAUAUCAGUAUUCACAGCAGUGCGUUUGUUUUGUACUUCACGGAAACUAGUAACAUUUUCGGCAAACAGUUCCAAUCAAGAAAAACUUGCAGAUAUAUGAUUUAAAGAAUUCUAGUUAUAUUUCUGGUACCUUCAAGUUUUGUAAUCAUCAGCUCAGAAGUCCCGUCCCCACUCUGCCCCGUCCACCCUUUGGAUCCUACAACAACCAUGACCCUUCCUAUAUUUAGCAAACCACACCCCCAUUCCCCACUUCAAUACAUUUCGGCAGCUCUCGAACCGGACUACUCGAAAACCGUGAAUAAUUUAUUAAUGAAACUAAGUGCCCAUUGUGUUUGUAACAAUAGGAUCACGUGAUCUAACUUUCUUGGAAAGCGCCUCGCGGUGGGAAAGUCUUACUGCGACAUUUAAGGAGGAACAUGGCUUACUUUUUUUCGAUUUUCGUUAAAAUUUUUGGUAUCGUGGCCUGGUUUCUCAGCCGGGAUAUUCCUAAGAGAUUGCCGGACGAUCAGCUAACGAGUCUACAAGUGAGCGGUCUUAGUAUGGAUAUCCUGCGCUUCUUGGUAAGGACACUUGCACCUGUCGAUUAUCUUGUCGUUGAUAUGAUUUUCGGCCUCGUCGAUUCACAAAAAGUCUAGCUGGACUUCAGCUUUUACACGCUGACACAUAAAGUAUAAAUAAAGCGAUCACAGCCACGUUAGAAUUCAUUGAGUGUUUAUCAUAAAUUGCGAAACUUUUAAACGGAGAAGGAUGGUCGAUAUCUAUAUUGUUAAACUACUUUUGAGUUGCGAUCUAUGACCUAAAAAAUCCUCCAAUUUUAAACAGAGAGCAAAAACGGACCAAGCAACUGAGAAAUCAAGAAAUCAUUUGGCCCGCUUCCGCCCCUAAGCUUUGAAAGCGUCGCUCUUGAUCAAAAAGUUUAUUUUUAAUUAUUUAUUUCUAGGGGUAUACGGCUUCUUUAUUUGGGAUCGGGGAGUCUGCAAUCGAAAAUGUUAAUUGGGGACUUCAGUGGUUAUCAUGGAUGCACCCUAAGGAUGAAGAAUCAGAAAAUUUAUUGGAAAUUUGGGAUGAAAAGAUAGCCAACAUCCCUGUACGUUUUUAUAAACCAAAAACCCUUGGCAAAAAAACUGCUGGUGUGGUUUAUUUUCAUGGCGGUGGAUUUACUAUUGGAAGUGUUGGUAGGUUAUAUCAACCCUUUAAUUCCUAGAAGUGAUCAAAUAACAUGUAACUUCGCCUAGUAAUAUCCAUACAUUAUUCAGCAAACAGGUAAUGAGAAUACCCAGACUUAUCAGGUAGAAAUAGUUAUCUUGAUCUAACACCAAGUUCCUAUAAAUUAUAUGAAGGAAAUGUGUAGCAGCUAGAGGGGAGAAUUAACACUGAUCAGAUCUUGGGAGUUAGAGGGUUGAUAGGGUAAUUUAUCAGUGCCUGCUGGUAACAUCAGGAAACAAAUUUUUGAAUUGGAAAGGACAAAGAGAAGGGGAAAUGGAAGCCUGGAAAAAUUGAGAAUGAGAGGUGAAAGAGAGGUACUAGGCCUGGACACAACAUAUUACAAUAAACAUAAAUGAUUAAUUUAGCAACAUGAUGGCUCCUUUAAAUCCUUUCUGUGGGCACCACAUUUCCAACAAAAUUAAGCCUUGAAACAUGCCCUUUUCAUCUUCUCAAAAAUUUGCAUCAGUUCUUCGUAUUAAUUGUUUUUAUGAAUUAUUGUUUCAGAUCAGUUUCAUCUAUUCACCCUGCUGUUAGCUAAAAAAAAGCAAAUGUUGUGCUGGUUUCUGUUGAGUAAGUGUUCCACCCACUGAGUCUGGAUUUCUACUGAUGCAUGGUUUUACAACAUGAUCUACUGAACCUUACAGUGGGCUCAGAUUUCUUUCUGUCACCUGUCACAGAUAUUUCCAACAUCUUUCUUUAUUUGACCACAGAGCUCAUACCAUCUUUCUUGCCUAGAAUCUUGAUCCACACAAGAUACUUUUGAUAAGCUGAUCCUAGCUACAUAUUCUUUGGAAAGCAGCUUGGUGGAUAUGCAGGACCUGAAAACCAAAAACUUCUCCUAGUUAACUCUCCCACCCCUGGAUCUUUUUAUUAAUUCUCCUUACUGUCUGCCAUACAAUUUUAAUGAUGUUUGUUUGGAGAAUUUGGUAUUAGAUCAAACAAUAAUUCUCUAAUUGAUAAUUUUUUUUGAUUCUCAUUACUUAUCUUCUUGAUAUUGUUUUGAUAUUGCUAGGAGAAAUCUUUCUUAAUCAUUCUUUAGAGUUAAAAGGGUUAUAUGAGCUUAAUUGAUAAAGCAUUCGGAAUAACAAAAUCAGAACCUUUCAAGACUCAAUACCUUACACCUUUGAGAAUGAAAAAAUUAUAUUUUGUUCUUUAUCAGCUUUAUACCUAUGCUUUUAAGCAUUCGGAAUAACAAAAUCAGAACCUUUCAAGACUCAAUACCUUACACCUUUGAGAAUGAAAAAAUUAUAUUUUGUUCUUUAUCAGCUUUAUCCCUAUGCUUUUAAUAAGUGUUUAAUAUUUCUCCAUCACGCACACAAGUAUUUUUGGUAUAAUAAUUUCUUUGGACGCAAAAAGAGCAAAUAAAUACAUUAAAUUGGGAACCUAAAAUUAACAAAAAUCAGUAUACUUGGUGGAAUUGCAAAAAAAAUGACCAAAACUUGGUUUGUUUUUGUAUUUCUUGUGUUCUAUUCAUUUGAUAAUAAAACUACUCCUAAUUCUAGCUCCUUUGCUCACAAUGACAGGAUAAAUUCAAGAUAAUAAGACUUACAACUCAUCACUACUCUGUAUGUCUCUAAACUUUGUAGAUACAGAUUAGCACCCAAACACACCCUUCCUGCCCAGUUCCAUGACAGUUAUGCUGUUGUUAACACCCUGCUGGCCACUGGAGCGAAAUAUGGUAUUGAUACAAACCGUAUUAUUGUUGCUGGAGACAGUGCUGGUGGUAAUCUAGCAGCUGCAGUUGCUCUCAAGCUUCGAGAUGAGGACAAACAUCUGGCAGCUGAG